AUGAGCGUGUACGACAUUGACGAAGAACGGUUACUGAUUGGACGUGCUGUUGAGUAUAUCAAGCACUCAUUUUUCGAACACUUUACUCGAUUUGAACCCAGGACCUUAAUUAUCUGCGGAUCAGGGCUAGGUGGAGUUGUUGACAAGGUUGCUUCCAACCCUCAGCCUUUGUCGAUCUCAUAUGAAAAGAUUCCUGGUUUUAAAGCCAGUACCGUGGCGGGCCAUCAGGGAAAACUUGUUUUCGGAUAUAUGCAAGGAAGCCCAGUUGUGUUGAUGUGUGGUAGAUUACACUAUUACGAGGGCCACGCGCCUCAUGAGACAGUCUUUCCAAUUAGGGUACUGAACGAAUUGGGCUGUGUUAAGAACCUAAUUGUGACCAACGCAUGUGGUUCUGUGAACCCUAACUAUCGUGAUGGAGAUUUGAUGUGCUUGAACGACCAUAUCAACAUGCCAGGGUUAGCUGGCCAACAUCCACUUCGUGGUCCUAACUUUGAAGAAUAUGGUUCUAGAUUUCAAGCAUUGAGUGAUGCUUAUGAUUUAGAGUUCAGAAAGCUUUUGUUCGCAAAAAGAUCCCAGUUAGGCAUGGACAGGCCGCUUCACGAGGGUGUCUACACUUACGUCUCUGGUCCUACAUUCGAGACGAGAGCCGAGGCCAGAAUGAUAAGGCUUUUUGGAGGGGAUGUUGUUGGAAUGAGCACCGUGCCCGAGGUUAUUGUUGCGAGACAUUGUGGUAUCAAGGUCCUAGCAUUAAGCUUAAUUACCAAUCAGGUCGUAACUGAACCACCUGCAAGUGCAUUGGACGCAAACCCAAUACCGAUUAGUAGAGGAAAAGCGACUCACGAAGAAGUUUUGGAGGCAGGCUUCUUAGCAUCUGUAGACGUGGAGAGAUUAAUCGAAGCUGUCGUAAGCGAACUCUAG